AAAGCAGAUCAUGAUGCAACAAAGCCAUCUGGCUCCGUCGGUCCUCGUAUUCCAAGUCGUCCCGCAUUUCGGCAUGUCCUCACAAGAGCUGCAGAAAAUAAUGACUUCUGCUCCUCACAAAGAUCUGGACGAAAACAAAUACCCAGAGCAUAAAAACAAUACACGCUUUUCUAUACUCCUUUAAAAUCCGUCAUUUCUGGGUCAUUGCCUGCAGACCACUAUUUCCCACCAAUACAGAUCAGCUCUGCAGUGAAAACUCUGAAAUUCACCUCAAUAAUUAGUAUACCCAAGAAUAAUGCCACAGGUGGCAAAUGGUGGUUUCCCAGCGACAGAGAGGAAAUGGAUAUUGCCCCUGCUGGCCAGUUUUGCCAUCUCUUUCAUUCUAAUUAUGGCAGCAUCGGAGGAAUUCAUGGGUCCGUUUUACAGAAUCUUUUCUCUGCGACGUUCAGGGUUCGAUUCGAGGGCGUCUACAGCGAUUAUUAAAGGUCCCGGGCGGCCUGCUGUUCUGGCGUACGUGAUCACAGGGACCCGCGGGGACGGGCCAAAAAUGAAGAGGUUAUUGCGCGCGGUUUACCAUCCACGAAAUCAUUAUCUCCUGCAUUUGGACCGUCUUGCUUCCGAUGAAGAGAGGGUUCAGCUCGCGCUCUAUGUACAGUCUGUUAGGGUUUUUAACGUCAUGGAGAAUGUUAACGUGGUGGGAAAGGCGGAUACUGUUAAUUACAUGGGUCCUACUGCAAUCGCAAAUACUCUCCAUGCGGCUGCGCUUCUGCUCAGGCUUAGCAACAAUUGGGACUGGCUCUUCACGCUUAGCGCCGUGGAUUAUCCUAUUAUUACGCAAGACGAUUUACUUCAUGUACUAUCAGUUUUGCCAAGGGAUCUGAACUUCAUUGACCACACAAGUGACCUUGGAUGGAAAGAGUAUCAUAGGGGAAAGCCCAUCAUCAUUGAUCCUGGUUUGUAUUUAUCAAGGAAAAGUGAAAUUGUAUAUGCUUCACAGAAACGACAGAUGCCAGAUGCUUAUAAGGUUUUUACAGGUUCUCCCUGGGUUGUACUGAGUCGAUAUUUUGUGGAGUAUUGUAUUCUAGGGUGGGACAACCUACCAAGAACGGUCCUGAUGUAUUUUUCAAAUGUUGUACUAUCACAGGAGGGCUACUUCCACACUGUUAUUUGUAAUGCUCCGGAAUUCAAAAACACCACUGUAAAUAGCGAUUUGCAUUACUUGGUUUGGGAUACACCUCCAAAACCAGAACCUCAUUAUCUCAAUCUGAGUGAUUUUGAAAACAUACAACAGAAUGGUGCUGCUUUUGCACGGCAAUUUCAACAGGAUGACCCAGUGCUUGACAAGAUUGACAGUGUUAUUUUGAAUCGUAGGAAAGGUCAACUUGCACCUGGUGGGUGGUGUGCAGGGAAAUAUAGCAAGAGGAGAAAUUCCUGUUCUGAUUUGGGUGAUAUAAAUACAAUCAUGCCAGGGCCACGUGCAAAAUUGUUUGAAAAUUUGAUAUUGACUCUUAUUUCCAAUGGUACUUUUCGUUCCAACCAAUGCAAAUUCCAAUGAUAGCUUUCGUCAAUGAUUUAAUUUUAUCAGGAAUAUGACUGUCUGGACAGCCAGCCCAUGCUUUUCCAUGUACUUUAUAGCUUUGAAUCUCUGUGGAAGGCAUGGCAUUUGACGAGAGGAAGAACAUUCUUUCGACAAACUACCGAGAAGUUAGACCAGAGUUUAAGAUAGGGUUUAAGCUUUGGGAAUCUUUCAACUUCCAACAUCUAUUCUUGGUCUUCUGAAGGAUUGUUCCUCGAAAUACCUCAGCAUGCGAUGGUACUUGCAUGACAUUUGUUCAAAUUAAUUGCUGGAUUUGUUAAUCUUAAGUAAAUAUUUCUUCUGUUUUUUUCCAAAAACAAAAUCCGACCACAUUGGGUUAUUUUUAACCAGCAAAUCCACUUUGUCUUAUGUAAAUUAUGUCAUUCGAAAGUAGACUGGAUGAGAAAUGAUUUUUAUCAUUUUCAAAGGGAACACAAAUACAUGUUUUGUAGAAACAGUUCUUCAAACCAGUUACUGUUUUUCUGGAACUUUUUUUGAUGCAUUACACAAUGGGACAUCCUAUCCAGGUUCACUUUCAUAAUGCCAAACAAUGCAUUGUUGGUUUAGCAAUGCAGUUUAAUA